AUGUCACAAAAGCCCGUUUCUAGGCCAAGCCCACCUUCAUCACCAGUUCUUUCGAAGGUCCAUACCUCCGCACCAGAUACAAAAGCAGCCAUCGAUCGAUCAAUACCAGAAUUUCCGGCAGCAACUCCAAUUGACGAGGAUAACUACUUUAGAUUGCACAAAUCGCCACCUUACCUGUCACAGAUAUCAAGUGAUGUUGCCGACUUUUUGAAUUUCCACAAUAAGCGCCACAGAAAAGUUGCUCUUGUCACAUCCGGUGGUACAACAGUUCCUCUUGAGAAUAAUACCGUCAGAUUCAUAGAUAAUUUCAGCGCCGGUACUCGUGGUGCCUCGUCAGCUGAGUAUUUCCUAGAAAAUGGAUAUGCAGUGAUAUUUCUUCACAGAGAAUUUUCGCUGCUUCCUUACUCUAGGCAUUACAGCCAUACCGGAAACUCGUUCUUGGAUUAUUUGAAGCUUUCUGACGAUGGUAGUAAGGUCGAAAUCGAUGAGAAAUACCAAAAGGAGAUGUUUCAAGUUUACAAGAAGUACAACAAGGCCACCGAGAACAAUCUGCUUUUGAUGGUUCCCUUCACCACAGUUCACCAAUACCUAUUCACACUCAAACUUGUGGCCCAGGAAAUGUCUGUCAUGGGAUAUGAUGCAUUGUUUUACCUUGCAGCUGCUGUUUCCGACUUCUUCCUCCCUUCAUCUAGAAUUCCUCAGCACAAGAUCCAGUCUAAGGAGAUUGGCAGCAAGCUGGUUGUUGACUUGGAGCCUGUUCCGAAGUUUUUGAGAAGACUUGUUGAUUCCUGGGCACCAAUCGCCAUGAUAGUAUCAUUCAAGUUGGAAACGGACAACACCAUUCUUAUCAGUAAAGCUCGUGGUGCUUUGAAGAGAUACAAUCACCAGUUGGUUAUAGGUAAUCUUCUUCAGACAAGGAAGAAAAAGGUUGUUUUUGUUACUCCUGCGGGAGAGAGAUGGAUUGAAUUAACACCAGAUCAGAUAAAAGAUAAUGUCGAUAUAGAGUCUAUCAUAGUGCCCGAGAUCAUAAAGCUACAUUCGCAGUGGAUUAGUAGUAGACAGAGGAUGGGUUUGUAA